AUGGCAUACAAUGAUAUCGUCGUUGCCACCAAAAACUAUCUCAAAACUAUCUCUAUUGAUCAGGGCGUCAAUGAGUAUCCCUAUCGCGACUUGAGUUGGUUGAGAAAUUCUUCACCAAUCACUUAUUCCAGCUUCUCAUCUCAUUUCAACUCUUUUGUCUUUAUCAGCCAGGAUGGCCAUGCAUACAAUGCUCAAUUUGACGGCGAAUGGCGGGGUCACUGUCUUCACUCUCCACCAAACCACGCUACAGUAUCAUCAUUCAAUGAACAAUUCUCACUUAUUUCAAUCGGAUUCAUUGAUGGAAAAGUUGUAAAUUACUCGUUACGUCCUAACAAACAAUCACCUGUUCAAUCUCAUAAAUUUCCCGAAAAGCCCUCGGUAGGCUGUGUAAAACAGUUGAGUUGGACACAUGAUGGUUAUGCUCUAGCUGUGGCUUAUGAAAAGGCUUGGAGCAUUAUAUCUGUCUAUGGUCGCGUUCUCGUACCCACUUCAGACGACAUGCUAUCAUUUAUACCAAACUCAUCUCAGCGCACGCAUAAAUUCCAAGAUAGACACAUUUGGGGAUCAUCAAACAUAUGCUGGGGUGCACAGUCUCUCGAGUUAUACCUCUUAUCCAAACACUCUGAUUAUUCACAUCAGAUUUUUAUAAUACCUUUCGCCAAAUCAGCAGUGACAACUCAACAUUCUCCGGAUAACACACGCUACGCAUUUUUACAAAUGAGUGACAAGCUGCUCGUUUACAGAGGUGCGGAUCAGUCUGAUCUAUCAGUCAUUAAUCCGGAAUCUGACGUAUGGGAGUCAAUCAAGAUACCACUUGCUUAUUUAGGUUCACAAUCUCCAAUAAAGUACUCAUCAAUCAGCUCAGAUGGCAAGUUUAUCGCCGUUGCUGGACAGAAGGGUCUUGCACACUAUUCCACGAAAUCACAAAAUUGGAAAUUGUUUAGUAGUGAGGUUGAUGGGCAAAGCUUCAGCGUAUCUGGUGGAAUGGUGUGGUUUAAUCACAUACUGAUUGCGAGUGUAGUAACCAAUACUAACACUUAUCAGCUGCGGCUAUACUCUAGAGAUCAAGAGCUGUCUAGCAGGUUACUGCUGCACACGGAAAACAUACCUUCGCGUAUUCUUGUGACCUCACUAUUCGAAAAUGCUCUGCUUGUUUAUACGGCAGAUAAUACCAUUCAUCAUUUCCUCAUCACGCCCACUCAAGAUACAGUGGCGCUUACACUUGCAAACAUCAUUAGCUUUCAGGGUCUGGUGAGCAAUCCGACUAGAGUCAGGGGAAUGUCUUGGAUGAUACCGCCAUCACAGCGAAAGCUGGGCAAUCCAGUAGACGACCUCACAAUUGCGACAAUCAUUUUCCUCAUUGAUGGUAAACUUGUCUUGCUGAGACCGCGAAGAAUAGCGCAGGAUCAAGUCAAGUAUGAUAUGCAGGUGCUUUCCGAUGGCAUCGAGUAUUACUGGACUCAUUUGAAUGGUAUCGGUGCUUUAGAAAAUAGUCUCUGGGGUGUUGAUGGAGGUGGUAUUAGAUUGUGGUUGGAUGCACUCACACUCACACAAUCUGAGCGAGAAAAGACUAGGAUCAACUCAAGCUCAACAGUCCAAAUUGUAAAGGAGAGCGUUCGCAUUGAGUUGGACUUCUACCCUCUGUCUGUGUUGAUGGAUAAGGGGAUCUUAAUUGGAGUUGAUCAUGAAGCUAGCUUGAGGAGUAAUUUACCCUUUGUGAUAUAUAGAAUACACACAAAUACCCAUCUCUUCUUGCAUCACACUAUUCGCUUCUAUCUCACUAGAGGGUUGUUGAAAGAAGCGGUGCAGUUUGCCAACAACUAUAGUGACUUAAUCUACUUCCCUCACACGCUUGAAAUCUUGCUGCACUCAGUUCUGGAAGAAGAAGCUGACGAUGUGCAAUCUACCGUCCUGCUACCACUGGUAGUAGAGUUUUUAGAUCACUGGGAGUGCGCAUUGCAAGUCGUAGUUGGAUGUGCGAGAAAGACAGAGAUGAGUCGAUGGAGGUAUCUAUUCGAUGUUGUCGGCGCGCCUAGGGAGCUAUUUGAGAAGUGCUUAAAAACGCAUCAGCUCAAAACAGCCAGCAGCUAUUUACUAGUACUGCAUCACUUGGAGCAACUCGAAGGAACUGAUGAUGCAUUCAAGCUCCUUCAUAAAGCCUUGAUAGAAAGUGACUUGGUGCUAUCUAAGGAGAUUAUAAGGUUUUUACACUCUAUUGAUCCAAGUGGAUUCUACAUGCAGAAAACAAUGGAGCUUAUUGAGUCACUCACGAGCACACUCCCUGCUAAUAUGACCAAUGACCCGCCGAAUGGGCUGAGCCAGCUAGAUGAAGAAGAUGAGGGGCUGCCGUUGGAGAGGUCUUACUCAGCUAGACGCAGAGAGGGUUUAGGUAUCACGGUAGAGGAGGAGUGA